AAAAAGUAAGUGUCACCGUAAUACGUCAAAGCGGGAAAAUAAAUAUUAAUUAUUUACAAAAGGUCUGUGGAAAUCGAUCUGAUUAUAAUUUAAUUACCUCUUUCAAGCAUGGUACAUUAAUUAAAUUAAUAUUCUCAAGUAUGUUUGAGUGGGCAUACAGUGGUGCUAAUAAAGCUGUACCCAGAAAUGUGGGUCCUGAAUGUGCUUAUUUUUUAUCCCCCCACAGACAAAUAAUUGAGACUGUUAUUGUAACAACGAUCUGCAUAUAUAUUUUAAUAAAAACUUAUCCAAAAUUGGAAAUACCAAAAGAAACAAGCUACAUUAAAAAUGACAGAGGUGGUAAAAGACUACUAGUUAUUCUUUUAGCCUUGUUAUGGGGUAUGGAAAUUGGUUUUAAAUUUGCUUCUCGAACUGUCAUAUAUUUAUUAAAUCCAUGCCAUGUAACUACUUUAAUACAAAUAUAUUUACUAGCUGCACCGCCAAGCAAGACAGUAACUGCCCUUUUUCGUAUUCAUUUGAAUUUAUUAAAUGGGCCCCUCUUAGCAUUUUUAUUUCCAGAAACAGCUUCAAGAACGAUCCUAGCUGAAGCUGCGUUAUAUUGGAUACAACAUGGAAUGAUGUUUGUAAUACCCUAUUAUCUUUUAAGAAUUGGUGGUGUUUAUAAUGUGGAACCACUAUGGGAUUUCAAUUGGGCAAUCUUCAGUUAUAGUUUAAACCUUUUGUACCACUUCAUUGUGUUACAAAUUAUUGCAAUCCCUGCCCAAGUGAACUUAAACCACAUGCUCUGUCCAGCUAUACUGGAUCCGUUCGACGGGCCGUGGUAUCGUAUCGCAGCUGUUAUACAUCAAGCGUUACUCUGCCCACUGCUGUGCAAAACAUUCUGCAUUAUUGCAGACUUUUGUCUUACGAAGUUCCCGCCCACUAAAGUGAAACCUCACAUGAAAGAUAACUUGCAAGAUCUCAAACUUGAUGACCAGAUAAAAGAGCGACAUGACGACUAGUGGUUGUAUAUUUCUCUUUAAGUAUGGCUGUUAUCCCUUUCAGGGUAGCUAGAAUUUAUUGUAUAAAAUUGCCUAUUGUAGAAAAGAACAAUAUUUCAUCGCGUCCAUUUAGUUUGAGUGAUUAUUGUAGGAGUUAAGAUUGAACAAUAAUUUAUUUUAGGUUAUAAUGAAGCUGAUUUAUAGAAAUAUCAAGAUAUGAAAUAGUAUAAUGCACGCAAAUUGAAUUUCUUGAUACCAAUGCGCGACACGUGUUAUUGUAGUAGUUUUAUUGUUAUGUCACAGCUAUUUCUACAUGUUGGCCGUAUGUUUUGGGUUCGAUCGUAUAGGAUAGGCGGUAUGGGCUUGUCUUACUGCCAUUAUUUCAUUGGUAUUUUUAAAAUAUUAUAUUUUCAAGUUUAUUUAGUAUCGCUACCACCGAAAUUGCAUACUUUAUUAGGUAUGCAAUUAUUAUACAAUUUUACAAUCAUGAAUGGGUUAUGAAUAGACAAUAUCUAAUUUAUUAUUUACACAUUUUCGUAGUCAUUAGGAACGUGUUUGCCAGUUUUAGGUCUGAUAUCAACGCAUUUAAAAUAAUUAAAUUUAAUGUAAUAUUUAUCUAAAGCUUUAUUACUAUUAGCAAAUGCUGUGAAUUAUAACUUUCUAUUCUAAUCGAGCCAUGCCAAAUCAACCAAAAUCAUACAUUGGUGAUAGGACUUAUCGACGAAUAUAAAAUUUGAACCAAUUUGAAUGUAUAUGUAUACAUUGUAUAUAUAUACAUAUAUAUACACUGUAUAUUAGCGGAGGUACUGAGGUAUGGACUCUUUAACUAAAAUUUAAUUUUAACAAAAAUUAAUUGAGAAUCUCAGGUAUCUGGAGAUUUAGUAUUUUACAUUUAUUUAAGG